AAAAUAAAUGCUGUAAAAUGAGUCACACUAGCUUAAAACAAGAGACGGAGGAAAGUUCGGAGAAGCGCCAUGUAGACCUGCCGGUGUAUCCAAAACCUUUACCUGAGCGGGAUAUAAGCCGCAAAGUUGACGAAAAUCAGUUUACCAUGGCGGAGAAGGCGGCCCUGAGGAAUGCCUGGCGUUUUAUUGAGCCAUUUCAGCGUCGAUUUGGCCAGGAGACUUUUUACAGCUUCUUGACUACACACCAGGAUCUUAUCAAUUUCUUCAGACGCGAUGGCAAAAUCAAUAUGAGUAAGCUUCACGGGCAUGCCAUGGCUAUGAUGAAACUGAUGGGAAGACUAAUUCACACCUUGGAUUUUAAUCUGCAGUUCCGAAUGGCCCUGGAUGAAAAUCUUCCCUCACACAUGAAAAAUGGCAUAGACUCUAGUUACAUGAAGAUGCUAGCUAGUGCCCUCAAGAGUUACAUUCUUGAGUCGUCGGUCAUUGAGAAUCACAAAUCCUGUACGCUGACCUCUGCCUUUACCCGACUGGUACAAAUUAUAGAAGAGUAUGCCGAAGUGGAUGAAGCCAGGAAACGAGCCUUUUCCACCGCCCUGAGGCAAACAAUAGAUAUAUUGGGAUCCCAAGCGAAAACAAGUCUCUGAAGUUGGCUUUGAGUAAUUGAUCUAAAAUAAAAUUAUAUUGUGCAUUCGUUUGAUGUGUUAAA